AUACCUAAACUUAAAAUGAAAAUAGAAAACAAAAUUCCUUAAUUUCAAGGCUAUUUCACAAAAUUUUGAAAAAAAAAAAAAGAGGCAGUCAAUCAUGCUUUUCUCAUUUUGAAUUUAUUUCAAUCCAAUUCUUUCGAAUCUAAAUUUCAAAAUCCAGAUUUGUUUUGAAAUUUUGAGAAAAAAUGGCCAAUCUCCAAGACAUAAGUCUCUCGGCUGCCAUUAAUUUGCUUAGCGCUUUUGCAUUCCUUAUAGCGUUUGCAAUUCUACGACUUCAACCAUUUAAUGAUAGAGUUUACUUCCCGAAAUGGUAUCUUAAAGGCAUAAGAAGUAGCCCAACACGUUCCGGAGCAUUUGUAAGCAGAUUCGUUAACUUAGAUUGUAAAACAUAUUUAAAGUUCUUAAAUUGGAUGCCUGCAGCAUUAAGAAUGCCAGAACUUGAGCUCAUAGAUCAUGCAGGACUUGAUUCUGUUGUGUAUAUUCGAAUUUACCUUCUCGGCUUGAAAAUGUUUGUUCCAUUAUGUACAUUAGCACUUGCAAUUUUGGUGCCUAUAAAUUGGACAGGAAAGUUAUUAGAGCGUCAACAUGCCAAGGAUUUAACGUUCAAUGACAUUGACAAGCUGUCAAUAUCGAAUGUAGCAGAAGGAUCGCAAAGGUUCUGGGCACAUAUGGCUGUGGCAUAUAUCUUCUCAUUUUGGACAAUGUAUGUGCUAUACAUUGAAUACAAAACAGUUGCUGCUAUGAGAUUGCGAUUUUUAGCAUCUGAAAAUCGUCGUCCUGAUCAAUUCACUGUUCUCGUACGAAAUGUUCCCCCUGAUGCUGAUGAAUCAAUUAGUGAGCAUGUUGAGCAUUUCUUUUGUGUAAAUCACCCAGAUCACUACCUUACUCAUCAAGUCGUAUAUAAUGCCAAUAAGCUUGCAAACUUGGUGGCAAAGAGGAAGAGUCUACAAAAUUGGUUUACUUACUACAAUAACAAGUAUGAAAGAACUUCAAACAAGCCAACCACAAAGACAGGCUUAUGUGGACUUUGUGGUACAACCGUUGAUGCCGUUGAUUAUUAUGCUGCUGAGAUUCAAAAGAUUGAACAAGAAGAAGUUGCAGAACGAGAAAAAGUCUUAAGUGAUUCUAAAUCCAUAAUUCCAGCAGCAUUUGUUUCAUUCAAAUCUCGUUGGGGAGCAGCCAUUUGUGCUCAAACUCAGCAAUCUAGUAACCCUACACUUUGGUUGACUGAAUGGGCCCCUGAACCACGCGAUGUCUACUGGGAUAAUCUUGCAAUACCAUACGUUGAACUCUCCAUUCGAAGAUUGCUCAUGGCCAGUGCACUAUUUUUUCUUACUUUCUUCUUCAUGAUUCCUAUAGCAUUUGUUCAAUCUCUUGCCAACAUUGAGGGGAUUGAGAAGGUUUUUCCUUUUCUGAAAAAGAUACUAGAAACGCCAUCUAUAAAGUCUCUGAUCCAAGGAUUUCUCCCAGGGAUUGCAUUGAAGAUAUUUCUUAUUAUACUUCCAACAAUUCUCAUGAUAAUGUCCAAAAUAGAAGGAUUUACAUCAGCUUCAUCUUUGGACAGAAGAUCCGCUGGGAAGUAUCACUUAUUCCUAGUUGUCAAUGUAUUUCUUGGAAGCAUUAUUACAGGAACAGCAUUUCAACAACUUCAAACUUUUAUUAAUGCGCCCCCAACAGAGAUUCCAAAAACUAUUGGUGUGUCUAUUCCAAUGAAAGCCACAUUUUUCAUUACUUAUAUAAUGGUUGAUGGAUGGGCUGGAAUUGCUGCCGAGAUCAUCAGAUUGGUGCCACUAAUCAUGUUUCACUUAAAAAACACAUUUUUGGUUAAGACAGAAGAAGAUAGGAAUCAAGCAAUGGAUCCUGGUAGCUUAGACUUCCCAACAUAUGAACCUCGCUUACAACUUUACUUCUUGCUAGGGCUCGUGUAUUCAGUUGUCACACCCAUCCUUCUUCCUUUUAUCGUUAUCUUCUUUGCUUUUGCCUAUAUGGUAUUUCGUCACCAGGUUAUCAAUGUAUAUGAUCAAAAAUAUGAGAGUGGAGCUGCAUUUUGGCCAGAUGUGCAUCGACGCUUGAUUAUCAGUUUAAUUAUAUCUCAACUUCUUUUAUUAGGAUUGUUGAGUACAAAGCGGGCUGCUAAAUCAACACUUGUACUCAUUCCUCUUCCUAUUUUGACUAUUUGGUUUCACAAAUAUUGCAAGGGUCGAUUUGAAUCUGCAUUUGUAAAGUUUCCAUUACAGGAUGCCAUGGUAAAGGAUACAUUGGAACGUGCGACAGAACCAAACUUGAACUUGAAAGCCUACCUUCAAGAUGCUUACAUACAUCCAAUUUUCAAGGGUACUGACUUUGAAAGACCACAAAUCACUGAUGAAGAGGAGGAGAGCCCACUUGUUCCAACAAAGAGAAAAAGCAAAUAUAAUUCUGAGAUGAGUUCUACAGAAGGUGUUUAAUCUUUUAAACAUCCAUUUUUGUUUCCUUGUCUAAAUUGUACUUAAAAUAAUAUCUCCACAUCUUUAGUUUGGAAUAAAAUGUAAAUUAUAAU